AUGGCAACAAAAACCCUCGAGUCCGCCUUCGAGCGCAUCUCCAUCAACAAUGAGAACGAGAACGUCGCCGGCAAUCUCGCCAAGCACAAGUCCAAGGGCUCUCUCUCUACCGCAGUAAACCUCACCGGCCUGGGCGGCAACGCCAAUGGCAGCCGCGUCAAGCUUCCCCUGCAGAGGUUACAGCAACCCAACGUCCCCAAGGCAUACAGCAGCAACACAAUUGCCAAGAUCACCCUUCCAUCCCAAACCGCCCAGCGCGAGCGCGAGCGCACCGACCGCACUGACCGCACCGAGCGCAUCGAGCCGCGGCCCUCGGACGAACUGCACCACCGCAGCUCCGACUCCGUUCUCUACAAGCAGCCCGUCGCCCCGCGCCAAUUUAACCUGAACAUGUUCGAGAUCGGCAAGCCGCUGGGCAAGGGCAAGUUCGGCCGCGUCUACCUGGCCAAGGAGCGCCAGUCGGGUUUCGUUUGCGCGCUCAAGGUGCUGCACAAGUCGGAGCUGCAGCAGGGCAAGGUCGAGAAGCAGGUGCGCCGCGAGAUCGAGAUCCAGUCGAACCUGGCCCACCCCAACAUCCUGCGCCUCUUCGGCCACUUCCACGACUCGAAGCGCAUCUUUCUCAUCCUCGAGUUCGCCGGCAAGGGCGAGCUGUACAAGCACCUGCGCAAGGAACAGCGCUUCCCCGAGUGGAAGGCCGCCCAGUACAUCGCCCAGAUGGCCGGCGCCCUCAAGUACCUGCACAAGAAGCACAUCAUGCACCGCGACAUCAAGCCCGAGAACAUCCUCGUCGGCAUCCACGGCGAGAUCAAGAUUUCCGACUUUGGCUGGAGCGUUCACGCCCCGAACAACCGCCGCAACACCAUGUGUGGAACUCUGGACUACCUGCCCCCGGAGAUGAUCAAGCCCGGUAGUUCCGAGAACUACUACAGCGAGAAAGUCGAUCUGUGGAGCUUGGGCGUCUUGACGUAUGAGUUCUUGGUUGGAGAGGCGCCGUUCGAGGACACGCCCGUCAUGACCCAGCGCAGGAUCGCGAGGGCCGAGAUGACCGUCCCCAGCUUCGUCAGCCCCGAGGCUAGGGAUCUGAUCAAGAAGCUGCUUGUGCUGGACCCUGAGAAGCGUCUGCCUCUCGACGAGGUUGAGAAGCACCCCUGGAUCAUCAAGCACUGUGUAAGGGGCGAGAGGAGCUACAUCCGCACCUCUGGUUCGUCGAGCAAGAGCCGCACGAGUGACAAGUCCGACGCGUGA